AUGGUGCUGGAGUGUGCGGCUUAUGACCUUCGACUGCAUUGCGCAGAGGAGUCUGUGGACGAGUGCUCCGUCAUCCUCCAGACAGCGGCUUUGGACGGCCUUGUACAUAAAACCAACGUUACGGUAGUCGAGGAUGUCCUUCAGAUGCAGAAAGUAGAAGAGAAUGUGAAGAACCUCGACGAAUCCUCGGCCAUUUUUGAAACACAGGCCUUUGAGAACGUCUUACAAAAAGCCGACGUCACAGCCGUCGAAGAUGAUCCUGAGGUUCAAUAUGCGAACGUUAUGUGGACCCCUCAGGAGGUUGGUUCAGUGGUUGUAAUACCAGACAAUUUUGAGGUAUUCACCGAGCAGGCCAACGGGGCUUUAGACGAGGAUGACCCUGAGCUUUGUACAGCACAGGAAUUUUGCGUCUUCCAGGAAGACGAGGACGCAACAGUCAUCGUUAACGAAGAGAUAAUGGAGGAAACCCCACAGCAGGUGGGGGUGAUUGUGGUUGAAGAUCUGCUUUUGCACUGA